GCGCACGCGAGCGCAGUGAGCAGCGGCGGCAAGCGCGCGCCCCUUCUUCUGCGUAACGGUCGCUUGAGUGAAGCGGCAGUGAGGCGCGUUUUCUCCCUCUGAUUUCAGGGUUUGGAGGGAAGAAGAAAAAGAGGAAGAAAAGGCAAGAAGACGAAGAGGAACUUGAUGGGAGGAUGAAGAAGAAGAUGAUGGCAGCAAACUGGCCGUUGGGAGUCUUUCUGUUUUUCCUUCAGGCUUGCAGUUCCCAAUCAGCUGAUGCUGAAGAGAAGUUGGUGGAUUUUCUCCUCGGCUCAGAUCGCUACAAUAAGCUGAUCAGACCGGCGAUCAAUAAAAGUCAGCAGGUCACCAUCGGCAUCAAAGUGUCCCUGGCUCAGCUGAUCAGUGUGAACGAGAGGGAACAGUUCAUGACGACUAACGUGUGGCUCACACAGGAGUGGAACGAUUACAGACUCGUCUGGGACCCAGACAACUACGACGGCAUCCAGAAACUACGAAUUCCCUCCCCCCACAUCUGGCUUCCUGAUAUCGUCCUCUACAACAAUGCAGAUGGUGUGUAUGAAGUGUCAUUCUACUGCAACGCGAUCGUCUCCAACACGGGCGAUGUGUUCUGGCUUCCUCCGGCCAUCUACAGGAGUGCCUGUGCCAUCGAGGUCCGCAACUUCCCCUUUGACCAGCAGAACUGCACGAUGAAGUUCCGCUCGUGGACGUACGACCGCACCGAGCUCGACCUGGUGCUGAUCUCUGACUUCGCCAGUCGGGAUGACUUCACACCUAGCGGCGAGUGGGACAUCGUGUCUCUGCCAGGACGCAAGAACGAAGACCCAGACGAUGCCACCUACAUUGACAUCACGUACGACUUUGUGAUCCGCCGCAAACCACUGUUCUACACCAUAAACCUCAUCAUCCCGUGCGUGCUCAUCACGUCCCUGGCCGUUCUCGUCUUCUACUUGCCGUCAGACUGCGGUGAGAAGAUAACGCUGUGCAUCUCGGUGCUUCUGGCCCUCACCGUUUUCCUCUUACUCAUCUCCAAGAUCGUUCCGCCUACUUCUCUGGCUGUUCCGCUAAUCGGAAAGUAUCUGAUGUUUACCAUGGUGUUGGUGACCUUCUCCAUCGUGACCAGUGUGUGCGUGCUUAACGUGCACCACCGCUCGCCGUCCACACACCACAUGCCUGUCUGGGUGCAGCGCAUCUUUCUGCACCAACUGCCUGUCUUCCUGCUCAUGCGGCGACCGGGUCGCUCUAACGUGCGUGAAAGAUUCCGGAGGAAACAUCGCAGCAAGUCGUUCUCUGGCGACCAGUUCGCUCUGGGGGCCUGGAGGACGGCCGAGCUGCCUGAGGGCUCAGAGUUUGGGCAGAGGGUCAGAGUCAGGCAGGACACAGAGGUGGAUGUGGCCAUAGAGGGCGUUUGCUUCAUUGCUGAACACAUGAAGAACGAGGAUGAUGAUGAAGGGGUAAUUGAAGACUGGAAGUAUGUCGCCAUGGUGAUCGACCGUUUGUUUCUCUGGGUUUUUAUCCUCGUGUGUCUGAUAGGAACACUCAGCCUCUUCGUCCAGCCCCUGUUCCAGAGCUACAACACACCUGUAGCGAGUGAUGAGUGAGUGAGUGAUGAGAGACUUCAGCGUUUAAUCAGCACGUGCUGCUCUAAACCCAACAGUACAUCAGAACACGCAUCAGUCUCAGGAUCCGAAUAAAAGACGGAGCUCCACCACACGUACUCACCCUGAUGGGGUGAGGAAACACGCAGUGCCUGCCAGGAUCUGCAGCUGUGUGGUGAUGAAGACUGAUUUCGCCUAAUCAGGGUAUUCAGAACUGUACUUAUGCACUGUGAAGUCUAACAGAGACACGUUAACACACUACAUUCUUACCAUUUACACACCCAAAUGUUUGCUCCAAUACUUAUUUUGCAUAAUGUUGUUUUUUACUACUAGGUUUAUAAUCCUAAUAUCCAGUAUGGGAAUUUCAGGAUUUUUUCUAGGGUCUGGUUAACACUUACAAACGGCUGCAAUAAAACAACUAGAAAUGAGGCUGUCUAAUCUAAUCACAUGACCAUAUAGGGUUUGGUAAGUGUCUUUUAUAUCAACAAAAAGUAAAGUGUGCAUUACCUGCAUAAGACUACUAGCACUUAGUAUAAAGGCAAUAUGUAUAGUAUAAUGGCUCAUAAAUAUAUUAUAAUGCAUUAUAAUAAUUUAUUAAAAUGUAGCAUUCAUUUGAGUACUGUUUAUAAAGAAAAUCAAGGUUGAUUUAAUCUUAAUUUAGAGCACUACAUUUACAAGGUUUUGUAGUAUGAUUUGUUUUUGGUAAAACUAAUUUUAUGUCGAGGUAAAAAAAAAAAAAGGUUGGUUUAUUUGGUGAUAAAUAAGUGCUAUAAUGUGUUAUAAAUGCUACUUAUUACAAUGCAUUAGGUUGACUCUUUAUAAUACACGAUAAAGAUGAAAGUAGUGGUUUUUUUUCAACAUAAAAUGUAUUUGUCAAAUGUAUUUAUGACCUUCAUAGGAACUUUCCCAUGUGUGUAAACGGACUGAAGUGCUAUGCAUGCAGAGAGUUACGGUUUAGUUUUUAUCAUCAGAAUCAGAAACACAAUACUUUAUUAAUCCCAUAGGGAAACGGUUUGGAUGCAGUUGCUCACAGUGAAAGUUUAAAGUCAAGAUUAAAGUAAAAAUAAAAAUAAGACAACAUGAAUAAAUAAAGAUAUUAAGGUAUAUUUUGUGUAAAUUUGUCACUGCACUCCCAGAAUUACAGCUGCACUAAGCACAUUUUUCCGUUCUUAUAGCCAGCCUCACAGUUCCAGGGUCACCAAAUUCGAUCCUGAGUUCACGUUACUGUCUGUGCCACAGCUCACAUGUUCUCACCGUAUCCGUCUGGUUUCUUCCCAACAUCCCCCAAAAGGUUGUCACCGUGCUACACACUGCAGCUUUGAAUUAUUUCACAACAUAAUCUGUCUUUCCACCUGUCUUUUUUCUCUCUUUGUAGAAGCAGUGUUUCCAAAGAUUAGUUUAGCCUCACACACAUGCAAAACAUUUUUUUGUUGAUCUGGUGUAUAAAUAACUACAUAUAUGUUUUGACGUGUCCCUUUUAAUUAAUUGCCUUAAUGGAGAUAAAGUGAAAGAUGCUGUGAAUUUAUUUUUAUUUUUUUUGUGAAAUCAUUUUGUCAUUAUUG